UCGAUAGUCGAGCCUCGAGCAUCGAGCCGGUCGACAGCCGCGAAGCUGGCCGCCAUUAGGCCGUGCAGGCCCGGGCUUGUGCUGAGUGGCGAGUGUUUGUUUGUGCGUAGUGCCGCCGUUGUUUCGGUGGAUUUCUCCAGCGCUGGUCGGUGGGCUGUCGCCAGGACACAUGUGACGUCAUCGCGCCAUGGGACCCGCGACAGGCGGCGCUGAGUCUGCCUGAGCUGCCGUCGGUCUGAUGCGUGCGGGCCGGGGCCUCAGGAUGGCGGUGCCGGUGCCCACCCUGGGGCGCCGGAGGACCGGCUCAUGCCUGCGCACCGUCAUCUUCCUGUUCCUCGUCACCUUCGUGUGGCUGCAGCUGCACGUGGCGAGUCUGGGCGGGCCGCGCCAGGGCCUGGCCGGUGACCUGGCCGACGGCAACGACUCGGCCGCCAUCCUCAGCAUGGUGCCGCAGGUGCUGCACAAGUUCCUGACGCCGCGCGCGCGCCUCAACGCCUCGGCCGCCGCCAACUCGAGCGACGGCGCCCCUGCGAGACCCCGACUCAACAUCUCCGACAUUCGCCGCAGCAUCGAGUGCUACAACGAGGCGCAGGCCGUGCUCAACGAGGACGUGUUCGGGCCAAUUCAGAACGACACUCUGGUCAUCGUGGUGCAGGUACACACGCGGGUCAUCUACCUGCGGCACCUGAUCGUCAGCCUGGCGCAGGCACGCGACAUCGACCAGGUGCUGCUGGUGUUCAGCCACGACUUCUACGACGAGGAGAUCAACGAGCUGGUGCAGAGCGUCGACUUCUGCAAGGUCAUGCAGAUAUUCUACCCGCACUCCAUCCAGACUCACCCGCACGAUUUCCCCGGGGAGUCGCCUGAUGACUGUCCUCGCAACAUCAAGAAGGAGCAGGCUCAGGAGAUGCGGUGCAUCAACGCCCUGCACCCGGACCUGUAUGGGCACUACCGCGAGGCCAAGUUCACGCAGACCAAGCACCACUGGUGGUGGAAGGCCAACCGCGUAUUCAACCAGCUGGAAGUGACGCGCAACCACUCAGGCCUGGUGUUGUUCCUGGAGGAGGACCACUACGUGGCAGAGGACUUCAUACACAUCCUGCGCCUCAUGCAGCUCACGUGUCGCACCAGCUGCCCGCGAUGCAACAUCCUCUCCCUCGGCACGUACCUCAAGACCUACAACUACUAUGGGGACGCCAAGAAGAAGGAGGCUCUGAAAGCCUUGAAACGCCACCAGACGUUCUCCCCGGGAUCGCUAGCUCCAUCCUGGGGCUUCCAGAUAUUGCCCGCCCUGUACCAACACUACCAGAAGGCCGAGGUGACUCCGUGGAUCAGCAGCAAGCACAACAUGGGCAUGGCGUUCAACCGCAGCACGUGGCAGGAGAUGUGGCGUUGCGCGGAGCUGUUCUGCGCAUACGAUGACUACAACUGGGACUGGAGCUUGCAGCACAUCUCCCAGAACUGUCUGCCACACAAGCUGCACGCCAUGGUGAUGAAAGGCCCCCGUGUCUUCCACAUCGGCGAGUGUGGGGUGCACCACAAGAAGGCCAACUGCGAGUCGACGGCGGUGAUCUCGAAGGUGCAGCAGGUGCUGAAACACGCAGCCAAGCAUCUGUUCCCGAGCUACCUCACCGUCACCGUCACCAACACCAGCAAGAAGCAGAAGCUGCGCAAGGGCAACGGCGGCUGGGGCGAUCUGCGCGACCACCAGCUGUGCGUCAACAUGACUCGAGCUGGCAGGUAGCGACGCGCCCCGCGCCCCUGUAUACUCUCCUCUCGUCCCAGCACACGCCCGUGCGUGCCUUCUGCCCCGUGAGGCAGCUGCCGUGUUCCUGAGCUCGCCAGCGCCGGGGUCUCCGAGCCACUGCGGCGAGCUGCCCGGACGUGUGUGCGCGACCGAGGACAGGGGCCACGUCUCCUUGCGUGCAAGGCAUGGGACUAGCGUUCUGUUCUCGGGCAAUAUGCAACUGAAGGACUGGAAACAACACUCCUUAGACUUUACACUUGGAAAGUACAUGCAGGCUUUGUUGGUAUCUGGUCGGUAUAGCAUUUUGCACUAAGCUGAAAACCUAAAAUAACAGUGUUGUGAACAUGCAUAAUAUCUUAAUUAUGUUCCAUUCCUUGAUGAAUUGAAGUAUAUCUUCUUUUUGCUAGAAAACUUUUUAAAAAUAAUUUCAGCAUGUCAUAGUGAAACGCAUGUUCGUCACAAGUAAUCCAAUGCCAGCACCGUGCAGACAGCUCCCUGAAGAACAUGUCGAUCUCGUCACAGUUAGGCUCGUAGCAAGUGGCCGGUGUGCGACAGUGGCCGAGAGCACUGUUGGGCGACGAGGUUGGCCACAGUGUCGGGUUGGACAAGGGACACCCUGUUCAACGGACAGCCCCGAAGUCCGAGGAAUGACGGCACUUCUCACACGGAACUGUCAGGUAGGAAGAAAACUUGUCUUUGAAUGAUGCUUUGAUUGGCUGUCAGGGAGGUUACACUUACAGAUCAUCCUCACAAUUUUUUUUUUUCUUUUAGUUUUACAAGAAACCUGCAGAACGCCUGUGUAAUUGUGUUGCUGCAGAGCUUUUGGUCUUUCAGUUUCAACAACCAAAACGAACUAAUAAGUGUUAAAAGCUAUUGAUUGUUAUCAGAAGGAUUUGUAUGCUUUUCAGUUAUAAGCACAAUCGACGAGUAGCGACUUUUCAUUCUUUUGGAAUCUUAUUUGCUCAAGUACUGAACACUUACUCAGAGUUCCCCGGCCUGUUAAUAGCGCAGUAGUCGUGCCAGACUAAAUGAACCAGGUCUAUGUACAAGGUCUCUCUGAACUGAUCCAGGGUUCUGUCAGCCAUAGAGUUUGAGUUCGCCAUGUGGCGCUACCAUCAACUCUUUUCUUAUUUAAACUGUUCAAUAUUGACUAGCAGUUGUAACACUACUAAAGCAUCAUGUGUGUUAGACUAUUGAAUUACAACAUUUAUUGAUAUCUUUUGUCGAGUGUUUCAGUCAUGGGGCACAGUUCUCGAAUAAGCGAUGUGCCAAGCAAGGUGGUUAGCUUGUCAUCGGGAGCGGGCGCCCUCGUGAUGAGUGUUCUCGGCAUGACGCGAAGUGCCUAGCUUCAGGGCAGUUUGCUGGCGGGUACAUCAGUUAGUAUUUUAACAUGAAUGAGCCUGCGUGAAUAAGAAUAGUUUUUACUAAAUAUUGGUACGAAUUAAACUGUACCUUUAUAUGUAAGGCCAAAGAAAAAGUAAAAAUUUUGUUACAAAUUCAAAUUCUAAUCAGUAUACAGUUGCUCUCUUUCCCGUAAGCAACACUUGGAGCUGCGCUACUGCGAGACCGCGGAACACGAGUACAGCAGUUACUGCGCGAUGAUGCAGUUAUUCCGUCAUCAUGUGUCGCCUCUGUUCUGUUCGCCAGUUCAAGUACUUUAUGUAUGUCUGUCGAGUGUAACAAAGCACCUUGCUGAAUGUAAAUGAAGUGUGAAGAUAAACCAGCACAGUACUGCAGUGUAAAUAACACGGCUACUGGGUACUAGAUUGCCCACAUUUCCGACAGCUGAUUUUCUUAUAAAUGACAUUUUAAUUUUAUAUUCACAGUAUUAAUCAUGAAAUGGUGAAAUAAAUUUUUGCAUAUGACGGAACUAAUGUGUACACCCAUGCCAUGCCUCUCGACUCACACACAUUUCUAAACUCGGAAGCCAGUUUCUUCCUGAAUUUGAAGAGUAAAGUUAGGUUUGACUUUUUGUUUGUACUUGUGUAUUAUUUGUAAAAAUAUUUUUUUUUUUUUGUUAAAAUUUUAUUACUUUAUUUUAUUGUUAUGUACAUGUUUUUAGUGUUUUUACCAUGAACAUUGACUUUGUGCAGAUAAUGUUAAUGUUGAAGUAAUUUUUUUAGUAAUUUUGUUAUGUUGUCUAUAGUCAAGUGUUCUUGACAACACUGAUAAAGAUUCCAGGUAGAAAAUAUCUCUCAUCUGGUGUAAUUUUUAAUGUCAUUUGGUAAUUUUUGAGAACAUAGUAAAAGCCUGAAUCAGUAUUGUAGUUGAAAACACUUUAAAAAUCUCAGCUCAAUGAAAAGGUUGUGAAGCAGCCAGUGUGUGUCUGAAACAGCAGACAACCCCGGUGUGAACGUUGGUAGUUUCUAGGCCGCUUCAUUCAAGAUUGUUGGUAGUUAAAAGGUAUUUUGAGAUUUAGUUUUAAAUCCAUCUUAAGUAAAUGUAUUCCAGUUUCUUUUGUUGUGUUUAUUUAACAGUGGAGAUAGUAUAAACACGAAAUACGGCCUGUCCGGUGAUUCGUUUCAUUCAGAAUACUGCAAAGAGAAGGAAGCUCAUGGUUGCCAGCGUGUGUCAUUGAGACGUGACAGUGAUGCCACCAACUGGGUGUCACCUCUCCUUCGGCACCUGCGCAGUGACAGCGGUGGUGUGUCUGUCCGAUAGCCUUGAGCAAGAACUCAGUCCCUUUUACCCAAACACUGAUGCAGUGGAUGCGAUAAAAUAAUACUGUUUUCUGUUUACUACACCUGUGUGUAAACAAAACCAUUUCAAAAAUACUAACCAUUAAUGUUAGAUGUGAUGGAGUAUGAAAGAGAUUUUAAAUUUUGAGAAUGAAAAAUUAAAGAAAUAAUGAAAUAAUUUUGAGUCUUCUUUGACUAAUUUGGGUAUUCUUGGACCUACACGUACAGAUAAACCUUAGCAUAUCUACCUACCUGUUUCUUCUGCAGUUCUGCUCUUUUUUGAUGUAUUAGCUUUAAGAGUCAGAUUAUAUUGUCAAUCUGGUCUCAAUUUCUGAGGAUUUUCCUAAUCUUAUCUUGAUUUUGUUUUGAUCUACUGAAGGUGAUUCUUUCACACCUUUAAAGCACUAGACAAAUUUGUCAUAAAAUUAAUCAAUACAUAUUCAAUGAUUUCAUUAAUCUUGUUUUUAAUUCAAACAUUCAUCUGAUAUAAUAAAGUAGAUAAUAUUUUGAUUCUAUUUUGUGCACUUAAGUAGUAAACGUGUCUCUAAGUCAGCGGUUCCCAAUUUUGUCGGCCAGGGAACCCUAUGAUCUAAUUUUCGUUUGGCGGAACCCCAACCCAAAGAAAGUUAUUUGACAAUAUUUGUGCCUGCUUUAAAUGACAUUCGUCCUGACUCACGGAACACCUUUCGGAAACCGCUGCUCUAGUUAUGCAUGAAAGAAUAUCAAAUUUUACAUUACACUCCCUAAAAUUUUGGUCUCUUCUUAACUUAUUGUUGUUUGAAUAAUUAGUCAAUUCUGUUAAAACAUAUUUUUAUUAAAUUGGAUUGUAAACAUAAAUUUUAAGCUGUUAACAUAUUAAAAUUAUUUUGCUCUGGUACCACUCCGUAAGAAAACAUUUCAUUCUCAAAUUUUUAUUUAUGUUCGUAGCAGUUGGUACACAUGGGCAGAAAAUUAAUUCAUUGGUUAUAUGUCCAUACAUUUCUCAGUAAUUUAUUUAUUAUAGAAUAUUUACUAUAGCAGAUAGUGUAUGAGUCUGAAGUGCACCUUUCAUUUGACGAGAGAGAGUUGAUCUGGACUCUCCUCGUUCUUCAAUCUGGACUCUGACUUAGCGAAUGGGCUUUGUCUUGGUCGAGCUAUUAUUGUUCGAGCUCACUAGCUACUGAUACGUCCGAGGCACUGCUCUUGUUUGAGCGUGGCUGUGAGUGCUGCUCACGCUUCCCCAGAAGGACGUGCAUCCCGCUCGCGAGGUGCGUCUCGAUGUAACCCCAGGACAUUGGAAGUGCGAGCCUCGGGAUUGUCCAAGUCUUGUGUUGUCGAACGUGCUAACGGAUGGCGGACUUGGAGGAAGGAAGCUCGUUCGCGAAGGAUAAUUUGGCCGUGUUCAUUCCCUACACUACUAUCAGACACAUUCGUUCGAGCAGUGGCAGGAUUGAACUUCAUUGACUUUUGUGUUUAAUAUGAUCUGUCUGUUCGGAAUAUAAGAGUCCAGACCUCCGGCUAGCUCAAAUUGGUCCGACUGUGACAUGCGUUACCUCUUUAAGAAUUCCCUGGGUAUCAUAAAAAAAUGUUAGUCUCGAUGAUUGAUCCUGAAAUAAAGUCUCUCGGUCAUAAAAUGAUUUUAUAGCUUGUAAUUAUUAUUGACGAAAAUUCACAAGUUACAAUGGCCUCCAUAUUCCGACCAAAACACUGUUCUCAACUUCUCAUUAAACCAUCACAGACUUCAUUAAUUCCCAAUGAUUCACCUUUCAACUUCCACCAAAACAUCCAAGAACAAUAGCAAUCUUGAAUUUACUGUGGGGUACAUUUAUGUUUCUUUGCCAUUUAAUAUUUGGUUUUCAAAGAUCUAAAUGUUGAGUGAAUCAGUAAUGGCUGUGAGCCAGGUUUGUUAAUGUUGUAUAUAACAGUGUGCGUAAGAUGUGACUAUGUGUGAUAUUGAAAAAUGCUCAUAACAUGUUAAAAAUAACUUUAUGUGCUCCAUUGAGUGUAAUAAUUUUUUUCCCAUGUUAUUAACUGGAAAAUACUUUAUUUGUAUUUUUUUUUUUAAUGUAUACAGUCUUUUAUUUAUCUCUGUGUGAUGUGUUUGCGGCAUGCCCAAGCAGUGUUUUUCAAAGACAUAGUCUUACUUUUAAAACAACCCUCAGUGGAUUCACUUCCACAUGAAAACUCAAAACUGAUGUUAACCCCAGUUGUGUGUUUUUUGGCAUCAUGGCACACAUAAGUAAUAUUGGUUACAUUGUGAUUACGAGAACAAAAUUUUAAUCAUGUGGUUUACAAUAUUUAUUUAAAGUUAUUAGUUAGCUCGCAAGUGAUAGUAGGUGUUCGAAGGCACAUUCCAGCCACCACAAGUGUGUUGUACCAUGACUGCUCGGAAAUGAGUGCGAUAACCGAUGAAACAGCAGUUCUCAUAUCAAUGAAAAAUUUAAUAUUUGUUGGAAGUUAAACUGAAUAUCAGUGUUUGGGUUUUCAGAGUUGGGUUCACUAUGCAAUAAAAGCAGUAACUUUCUUUUGGGUGCUUACAGUUUAUUAACUGUUAUUGAAAAUGAAGAUUGUCAACAUGUAAUACAGCACUAAUAGUAUUAUCUUGAAUGGUUUGCUAGUUACUUGUAAAUACACAUGCUGCAUAUAUUGUUAAUAUAUAUGUGUGUGUUGUAACAAUUUUUGUGGUUAAUUGUAUUGCUUUGUUGCACGUAUCAUGUAUUUAUCCUCAAUGUGUGUCGCAAGAACUUUUAAAAUUGAGGAAAUAGCUAUGAAAAUGUGCAUAACGUUUCCAUUAACAGAAGAGAGAGUGCAUGGAAUGGCAGCAAGUUAGUGGUUUCAACUUAACGGCAUGUGAUAAAGUAUUGGGCAAGCUGUGUGAAGAUUCAAGAUUAUUGGAAUAACUACAGAUAAUCUUUUUGAAGAUGUUACCCUAGUCAUAAAAUGUUUUUUUUUUGUGAUGACAAUAUUUUCAAUAAAAACAAUUUUUAACAAA